UUCAACAUAGCACUGUGCUGAUAUAUAACUACGACGUUUCCAUUCGAAAUGGCCCGCCAGAUUGGAGUCAUGUGUUUUGGCCACACGGAUUCAGUAGUGGAGAUAUCCUUUAGCAAGGACUGUGGCUCGGGGUUUUAUCUGGCCUCCGCAGGACUCGAUGGGCAGUCGGUAUUGCGACACGGUGAUACUGGCAACUUUAUUUGCUCCCAACGGAAACACGAGCAGGGCGUAUGGAGCGUGUCCCUAAAUGAGGAUGCCAAGAUCCUUGCCAGUGGCGGUGGCGAUAGCAAAGCUCGUAUAUGGGAUGCCAUUCUGGGAAAGCAGCUUUUCAAGUAUCGGCACCCUGACACAGUUUCUAGUGUUCACUUGAAUGCCGAAGGCAGUCACUUGCUGACCGGUUGCCUUGGGGACGAACCCUCUGUCCGCCUUUACGACGUGGAAAACUCGAAUAAGAGACCCCUACUGGAAUUUCGUGGUCACCACCGCGGUGUGAGGGAUGUGAUCUUUUGUGUGAAGGAACACUGCAUUCUCAGCUCUUCCUAUGAUCGCACAGUGAGGAUGUGGGAUUGCCGAACUGGUAAGAAGACCAAUUCUAUCGUUUUGCCCCACCACGCCAAAUCCAUAGAGUUAAACUACACUGGGGAUAUAGUGACCAUAUCCUAUGGAAACGGUCUGAUAUUUUUGGACCCCAGGAAUUUUGUGGUUCUUAAACAUCGCAAAUUACCCUACAAAGUGAGUUCGGCUACGUUGAACCCCAGUAACGAUACCUAUGUUUGUGGCAACAGUGAGGGUUAUGCCUACCAGUAUGACUUCAAAACGGACGUUAGAAGAAAGGACUUCUUCUUGUCUACCCAAAAAUCUGGAGUGUGUUGCCUAAGGUUCAGUCCAGACGGCGAAAUAUGUGCGAUUUCCAAUAUAAAUGGAAAUAUCGUACUCUGGCGACAGAACAUGAAAAAGAAGUACGGCCUAUUUACUAGUACACGCUCCUCGGAAGACGAUCAAGACGAAGAAUACGAGUUUGGGGAGGAGUACGAAUUUUCCAGUUAAUACCCUGUACACAACUGUACCCAAUUUUAAUUCGUGUUCUCUUGGUUAAUUUUUUUUUUUUUUUUGUUUUAUGUUCGGUUGCGCCGCUCCCCAUGAUCGAAAUCAGAAAAGGGUCGCGCUCUUUCUCUAAUAAAUUUGUCUUGUGAUUGAAAACCCCAAAAUGCCCGAACGAUCUACCUGCCUUUUAUGGCUAUCUGGGACUAUC